AUGCCUAAAGACGGUAGACCGAAUUUCCUCGUCAUCGUCGCCGAUGACCUCGGUUUCAGCGACCUCCAACCUUAUGGCGGAGAGAUCCAGACUCCCAAUAUCGCCAAGCUUGCCGAGGAAGGCCUGCGCAUGACGGGCUUCCACACGGCUGCGUCCUGCUCACCCACCCGCUCCAUGCUCCUGUCUGGAACAGAUGCCCAUAUCGCUGGGUUAGGCGCUAUGGCCGAAUGGAUAAGAAAGGUGCCAGAGCUGUUUCAAGACCAUCCCGGAUACGAAGGCUAUUUGAAUCAUAGGGUGGCCGCCCUUCCAGAGAUCCUCCAAGAUAAUGGGUACUGGACCAUGAUGUCCGGGAAAUGGCAUCUAGGUCUCAAGAAGGAGUUGUCACCCUCCGCCCGAGGUUUCACAAAGGUUCUCUCAACGCUCCCAGGAGCCGGAAACCACUUCAACAACGAGCCCCAGCUAUACGAUCACGAAGACGAGAAGCCCAAGGCACUGCUCAAGGGCAAUGAGGGUUUUUGGAUGCGUGAUGACAAGUUCAUCAGCGGGCGCGACGAUUUGCCUAAAGAUUUCUACUCGUCGAACACCUUUACCGACUACUUUCUCGACUUUAUGCGCGGGAGAAACGAGGAGGAAAAGGAGAAGCCAUUUUUCGGGUACCUUGCCUUUACUGCCCCUCACUGGCCACUACAAGCGCCUCGGGAAACGGUCGAAAAGUACAAGGGAUUUUACGAUGAUGGACCAGAAGCACUCCGGGAGAGGCGACUUCGAAGCAUGAUUGAGAAGGGGAUAGUGCCGGCUGACGUCGAGCCCGCGCCCUUGCACACCGCAGGGACGAAGCCAUGGAGCAAGAUGGACGAGGAAGAACGCAAAAAGUCAUCUCGUGCUAUGGAGAUUUUUGCUGCCAUGGUUGAUCUUAUUGACGUCAAUGUGGGCAGAGUGGUAGAGUAUCUACGUGAGACCGGCGAGCUCGAUAAUACCUUCAUUGUCAUUAUGUCCGACAAUGGUGCCGAGGGCCAAUUACUGGAAGCUGUGCCUAUCCUUGCUGGACACACACUAAAAGACGUCAUCACAAAGUGGUAUGAUAACUCGCUGGAGAACCUGGGCAAUCACAAUAGCUUCGUUUGGUACGGUCCCCAAUGGGCGGGUGCAGCAACUGCACCGAGCCGAGGAGUUAAGACAUUCACGACGGAGGGCGGAAUUCACUGUCCCUGCAUUGUGAGAUAUCCCCCUCUCUUACAGAAGCAGGGUGUGAUUGCGCCAAACUUCACCACCGUCAUGGACGUACUCCCAACCUUCCUCGAGCUUGCUGGCAUCCAGCACCCAGCGCCAACGUUCCGUGGGAGGCAGGUAGCGCCCGUCCGCGGUAGGUCUUGGGUCCCGUUCCUCAAGAGCCCCGAUGAUGAGAAGCUCCAGAUAUACAACUCUACGAACGAUAUCGUGGGCUGGGAGCAAAUUGGAGUUGCGGCUGUGCGAUUGGGAGAUUGGAAGGCUGUUUUCAUGCCUCCGCCGCGUGGAAGCGGUAAGUGGGAGUUGUACGAUUUAUCAAAGGAUCUCGGUGAGGUCCACGACCUUGGUGAGUCUCAGCCUGAGAAACUGGCAGAGAUGAUUGCCCACUAUGAGACGUAUUUCCAAGAGACAGGCAUGUUCGACUCACACGCGGUAUACCAAUCGGCUUUGAAAAAGACUGGGUUCCCAGUAGAUGCUCAUAUGAAAUCAUAUGAGCAAUCCUCGGCAUAA